CUAUUUGUUUCUCUUGUUCUUGAUCGUAUCGAACAUGGGUCGCCAGAAGCGCCUAAUGAUGAAAAUUGAUAAUCCUUGUUCACGUCAUACAACGUAUUCCAAGCGUAGAGAUGGAAUUCUGAAGAAGGCCUCUGAAUUGUCUGUGUUAUGUGAUGCAGAUGUUGGCCUUUUAAUGUUUUCUCCUUCUGGUCGAUUGACUAGCUUUUCUAGCAAUGGCAGGAUAGAAGAUGUUUUUCUUCGUUACGUGGACCAGCCUAAUGAACUACGGGGAGGACCAGUUUCAAAUGAGGAUUAUUUCUACCAAAGACUAAGGGAAUUGAAACAUGAAGGAGAAAUGCUAGAAAAGUUAUCUAAGUAUGAUUUUCUCUCCCCAUAGAACUAAAGCGUUCUUGUUCAUUUUCCAUUGGUUUUUUUAUUUUUGGCUGACAACAAUUCGUCUUUG